AGUGCAUGUCUGAUAGACAGUCUGUAGAGCUUGUCUGGAUUCCUCUGCUCUGCUUUGCUUCUUCACCUGCAGCCUGUGAGGACGACACAAGCCAGACAGGUGUGUGUGUGUGUGUGUGUGUGUGUGGGUAGAGCAUCUGCCUUCACGCUGUUAACAUGGAUGGACACUCUCUAUGAAGAUGGAUGCACAGACAGACACAGAUGGGUGAAGGAUGAAACAUGUAACUCAGACUGCGAUGAUGACCUUGGAUCUGCAACACUUGCCAAGACACAAAUGGAGUCUGUGAUCACGACGCCACCUCUUCGUCUGCGGGAAGCCAUGCCGUGCUGGUGCAAGUAAAAGGCAGCCAAUGAGCUUCACGACAAACCCGGCCGUGGUCCCAGACAGGGACAGCCUCCCACUCAAAAAGCGCGACCAAAGACCAAGUUCACCUGUGCAUCAACAGCAGCAGCAGCAGCAGCAGCAGCAGCAGCAGCAGCAGCACGAUGCUGCAAAUUUCAAGGUGCCGUACCCGUACAGGGGCCUCGGUGAGUGUAAGGCCAAACACACGGGCCCGAUCCAGCCGGUGCCGAGGCGGGUCCCGGCGCUGUACCAGCCCUGGAUGCAGACCCACACAUCCAGCAGGUCCAAGCCUCACGUCCUCUCUGCUUUCAGAGAGCAUCACGGGUGGGCAGAGUGGCGGGACUUUGGUCCCCUGCACCCCGGCUGGGACUUCUCUCACCACUAUCAACACCAAAGGCACUUGUCCAGCACAGCCGUACAACACCCCGGCCACCUGCAAUACCCCUUCAAGUUAGGAGCCAUCUCUCUGGUGGCUGAGGAGUUCCACAAAGCCAGUGGAGCGAGCGGCUGGGAGAGGACACUGAGAGACCGGAGCUUGAACCCAGAGCGGCUGAGCUACGGCAGAAACAAAGGCCCGUACGAGAGAAGAGGAGACCGGAAAGCGGAGUUUUUCCCAAGAAUUGAGAAGACAAGUCAUCUGUCGCUGAGCCCACGUCUACCUCAAUCCCCACAUGAGGAUCUCGCAUCACAACAGGAUUUGUUGCACAAAUCGGCAAAAGCUUACAGAUAUUCUGCCGCCGGAAGUUGUUUCACGAGGGAUGCCUGUGACGACUCAGACACCUCAAGCACCACCAUGAAGGAGGAAACACCACGCUCUCCCCCCGCCCGCCCUGCCGAGCGCGCUUCCUCCUCAGACUCUCUGAACCGCUUCCCCUGGCUGAUCCCUCACUUCGUGGCAGGUUCUCUGAUUGAGCUGCGAGACGGUCAGCUGCGGAGGGUGGAGCACCUGCAGACGGAGGACUUCCUGCUGGGCUCGCUGGCUUGUCCAGACCUGCGCCUGAGCUGCUGCACGGUGCAGAGCAUCUCCCCGUCGGCCUCCGCCUCCUCCGUCUCUCGCCUCCUCAUCCUGCUUCACGAGCAGCAGUCUCAGGAGCUGGUAGAUGUGUAUGUGGAGUAUCCCUUCUUCGUGCGAGGCCGGGGCUGGUCCUCCUGCAGCCCUGAGCGGACGGCCCGGCUCUGCGGCCUGCAGUGCCGCCAGCUGAGCGUGGGGGACGUCUGCCUGGCCCUCACACCCGUCUCGGCCCCGCAGAUUGCGCCGUCUGCCCCCCUGGAGCAAAAGGCAUCACCAAAGAAGCCGGAGGGAGGGCGUGAGGCCCCGGGGCCAAAGCGAGCUCAGACCCCUCUGUGCACACACACGGCUCCGGGGCCAAAGCCGCAAACGGGGCGGAGGAAGGCGGGACCGGAGGCUCUACGCAGGAGACACUACUCAGCCCCUGAGCUCAGGGGCCCGGGGACCAACUGCAUGAAGUGAACAGGGGGGCAGUGUUUUAUGGGGAGUCGGUCUCCUUAACGCUCAGCAAAAAUCAGCCUGAGAAUGCUGUAUUCCUACCUCCUCAGUAUAUUUCUGUGCUUGACUGUCAUUUCCGUUUCAGUAGGGAGGAGCAACAAAGAACAAUACAGUAACAUUAACUGUCAGGAUCUCCUGAAGCCAAACCUCCAUCAGCCCAGCAGCAUUUGUUCAAAGCUGUCAGGGAUCACCGAAUGAUAAUUACUUGUGUCAGAAUUCAAGUUUUCGUUCUCCGCUCCCCUGAUCAGCAUCUUUACAAUGCAUCAUAUUUUAUUCAUGCCAGGCAGGGUGAGCUUCAAUCUAUAUUGCCACAGGGAGCCGCUUCACUGGCAGUUCAUCUGAGGGAAAUCCGGGCGCUUCAAACAACACUGUUGGUGGAAUUCUCGCUCAGAUGUGAAAGUUCACAUUAUUUCUAGCUGUUCUGACUAAAACAGCCCACGUUCCUUGUGAAGCACAUAAAAAAAACAUAAAAUAAAAAAAAAACUCCCUCAGGUCUUUUUGUUGCUGUUGAUAUAGUUUAAAGUACAUCUCUGUUCCGCCUAAUAUAAUGUAGUAAACGUAUUUUCCUCAGUUUAAGAGGGUUAAACUGACAAUCAGCACAACUUUUGUGUAUGUAGGGUUUAAUUUUCAGCUUCUACCUCCAUUUUCUAUCUACAAAUAUGAUCUGUGCGCACAACAGUGUGGGCUACGAAGCCUAUGAACCCUGCUUCUUGGUGAAUGUCUAUUUGCAUGGUUGUUUCAUGCCUGCGUUGUAGAUACGCUCUGCUUUUUGUACUGAUGCUGCUUUCUAAGUAUCGCUAUGAAUGGAGAGACUAAUGCUGUCGUAGCGUGUCGAGUGUUGUACGGUGACUUGUCGGCUCUUCGAUGUGACUUUUCUCCCACAGAGGGAAUAAAACUGA